AUGUUGCUGCGAUUAGUGGUGUCAGAAUGGCGCGCUGGCUGGAGGCGAAUGCUCGAAACAAAGGCACAAAGUGUAAAGGCGAAUCCAGAAGUGAAGAAUUUAUUCCUCAGAAAGAUCAAAGAGUAUGAAGCGAAAAUUGCCGGGAAAGCAGAUGAUGCUCUCCUAGAUGUCACACCGGAGGUCCAACGGUCAUUGGAUGAUCAGCUGCAGCGACUAGCUAGUAAAUAUCGCCUGGAGAGCCCCGAAUCAAUCAAGGAACUACCCGUGAAGCAGAUGGAGACACCGAACAUCGAAAGCGCCGUUUCGGUAUUGUUCGAAGGAAAAACGCUCGAUGAUAUGCAGAAGGCGGCAAAGGAGGAAACUGAGCAGUACAUCGAGAUGAGGCGCAAGAAGAAGGCCGAGGAGGAAGCGUAUUUGGCUCAGCUUCAAGCUGCUACCAAGCAGAAGCAGUCGUCUCCUUCGCCUGAUAAGAAAUAG